AUUACUCCAGGAAGCGAGCAACACUUCGCCGACACUGAAUCCCAGCACUGCUGUACACUCACUGUUGUUCAAGAACCUGCGUGUCACCACCAAUAACGCAAAUCCGCAACAUCCACACGAGCCAUGCUGUUGACCGCGCGCGCUCCAGCGGGCCAGCUAAAGUCCGUGUCUGCUACUCGCUGUCGCGCUGCUUUCGCGCCACGCCUGGCCAACCAAACCCGCCGUGUCGCUGCAAUGGCUUCUGCUGGCGUCGCUCCGCUGGAGAAGACUGUGCUGGUGCCGAUUGGCAAUGGAACGGAGGAGAUGGAGGCCGUGAUUAUUAUUGACGUGCUGCGGCGAGCGGGCGCAAAGGUGACCGUGGCGUCUGUCGAGGAUUCCCCGCAAGUCGUGUGCUCGCGCUCGGUGCGCUUGGUCGCCGACACGCUGAUUGGCGACUGCGCCUCGAACACCUACGACCUCAUCGCGCUGCCGGGCGGCAUGCCGGGCGCGGAGCGGCUGCGCGACUGCGGCGAGUUGGAGGCGCUGGUGCGGGCGCAGCGCGACAGCGGGCGGCUGUACGCGGCCAUCUGCGCCACACCCUACGUGUUCCUGCAGGCCAAGGGCCUGCUGGACGGCAAGGUGGCCACGGCGCACCCGGCCUUCAGCGACGGACUCAAGGACCAGAGUCGCGCCAUGGACCGGGUGGUGGUGGACGGCAACCUGACCACCAGCCGCGGCCCCGGCACCGCCUUCGAGUUCGCGCUGAGCCUGGUGAAGCAGAUGUACGGCGAGGACAAGGCCAAGAUGGUGGGCGGGCCCAUGGUCAUGUUCCAGUACUUUGUGUAGUGGGGGUUGUAGAUACCAGCCCAAAUCAAACCGAACGGGGGUGUGGGAUGCGUGGGCAGGCAGGAGGCGAAGGAGUGAGGAGGAGGAGUUAAGUUGUUGUCACUGGUCGCAAUCAGGUCCAGGGGCGCGAAGAGAAGAGGGAGGAGAGAGGGAGGGGGAGGGGAAGGGGCUGUAGGGCUGGAGGAGCCCAAGGAGCCCGGAGUGGGUUGGUAGAGGUGGAGGUGCAGGUGCAGGUGCAGGUGCGGGGGGUGCAGGUGCAGGUGGCACGGUGCAACAUGCAGGCAACAUGCAGGUGGUGGUGGAGGGCCGGAUCUUGGGGAUGAUCUGUGUGUAUGUGUGUGUGUGUGUAUACGUGUAUGUGUAUGUGUAUGUGUUGUGUGUGUGUGUGUCGUGACGUAAUACUGCCACGGUUGCUGUUGCAGCCGCCUCAGCCGUAGGCGGUGCAGUGCGGGCCAUUCAUUCUUCGGGGUGCCUUGCGGGCUGGCAUGCAGGAGCGUGGGACAAUCCAGGGCUGCGUAAGUGGGGCAGCGCACGGUCCUGACGCCGUGCGGCGUAUCGCUUGUGAGCUGCGACGUGCUGUGCGCGGACUUGCAUUGCAAUGGGCCACUAGUAGAACGAACAGGACCAGAGUUCGGUAUGUGACCAGGAUGUGACACUUUGCAAUACGGAC